AGGCAAAACAAAUGAACUCACAACAGAAGUCAACAAGUUGCAGGAAGAAAUAGAAAUGUACAAGCAAGAUAAAUCUGUCUAUUUGUCAUAUGAAAAAAGGGCAGAGGCUUUAGCAGGUGAAAUCAAAGAAUUUCAAGGUCAGCUAGCAGACUACAACAUGGUUGUGGAUAUACUUAACACUAAUACAGACAUGACAGAAGUGAUUCGAGAUUACAAUAUGUUAAAGGUUCAAAAUGACCGAGAUGCUCAGAGUGUGGAUAAAAUCUUCACAGAAAGACAAACCAUAGAAAAGUCAAUUCAAGCUGUAGAAGAAGAUAUCGAACGUGAAAAGGUGGUAGCAGAUGACAUAAUAAAAGACAUGUCUCAGGAAAAUCAAGUUAAAUAUAUGGAGAUGAAGGCUGCAAAUGAAAAACUGUCCCAGGAAUUGAUUGUUCAACAGCAGGAGUUGGACACACUAAAUGUAAAGGAGGAGGCUCUAAGAGCUGAAAUAGCACACUCCCCAGUGAAACAGGAGGCUGUGCAGCUCUAUGAAAAGCUCCAUGAACUUGAGGAACGUCGAGAUCAAAUGAUUGCUGAGGAUAAGAACAUGGAAUCUCCGCAGGAGGAAAGAGAGAGAUUACUAAAGCAGGUUAAGGAUGAUAGUCAAGAAAUUGCAAGCAUGGAAAGACAGCUGACAGAAGUAAAAGAAAAAACAAACCAUUUUAAAAAGGUCAUUCAACGACUCAAUAUGGAUCUGGAAAAUCAUCAAG